AUGGCGAGAACACAAGUAAAACUACAAUAACAACACUCUUACUUUAAAAUAAAGCGUAGUUACCGAAUAUUGCCAACUGUAAUACUGACGCGCGUUACUGCUGCUGCUCAAAGCCUCUGAGCCAACAUGGAGGAUGAAGAAAUAACCUUGGCUUUGAUCAAGUACUAUUGCUAUGAGAAGUAUUUCAAUCACGCUGUAAACGCUGCAGCAGCUGCUCAAAAGAAAUUCAGCAAUGAUCCUGUCUACACUUUCUUUCACGCAUACGGUACCCUCAUGCAAGAUCAAAUUCAAGAAGCCUUGGUAGAACUGGACACUAUAAGAGAUCAUCGUGAUCUCUCUCUGUGCACAUUAAUGGCUCUUGUCUAUGCAGAGAAAAAAAAGACAAACCCAGACAGAGAUCUUAUCCAAGAACUUGAUGCUAAGGUAAAAGAGGAUCGUAAAAGUGCACCUCCAAAGAGUCUGUACUUUGCUGGCACCUUUCUCUGGCUAUUAGGGCGAAAUGAUAAGGCGAGAGAGUACACAGAGAGAAUGAUAAAACUCUCCAAUGGCUCAAAAGAGGGCUUAAUCCUCAAAGCUUGGAUAGAUGUGACAUCUGGUAAAGACGCCUACGCUAGAAAGGCUGGAAAAUACUUUGAUGAGGGACUGAAAGAAAGAGCAGAUGUUUUCGCCCUGAUGGGAAAGGCACAAUACUGUGAAUAUCGCCAGAACUACUCUGGAGCAUUGGAGAUUGUUAAUCAAGUGAUUGUGAGCUUCCCUGGUUUUUUACCUGCUCUCAUCAAGAAAAUGAAACUGUUGCUGAGCCUUCAAGACUGGGACCAAACCAUAGAUGUAGCACACAGGCUUUUACAGAAAGAUAAAAAUAACCCGGAGGCGCUUCGGAUGUUAGCGCUGCAUUCUUUAUGCAGAGACGGCAAUAUUACUGAGUCAGUAAAGCAUCUUUCAAACCUCAUCAACAGCUUGGACAUUCUGGAGCCACACAACCAUGAGCUUUUAUACCAAAUGUCGCUAGCCUUCACUCGGGUUUGUGGACGAAAUGAGAAAGUGAUUGAGCAGACUUUGAGAAUGGUGGAAAGAGCCUUCACUAUGGCACCGGGGGAUUCAGACUUAGCCACAGAGCUGGGCUACCAGAUGGUGCUUCAGGGCAGAAUCAAGGAGGCAAUGAAGUGGUAUAAGACUGCUUUUACCAACAGGGAUCAGAGCAGUGUUUCUGCUUUGACAGGUAUAAUUCAUUGCCAGCUGAUAGAGGGAAAUCUCGAAGAUGCAGAACAACAGUUGGAAUUUCUGACAGAGAUUCAACAAUCUAUUGGAAAAUCAGGGGAAUUGUUAUACCUACGUGCUGUGCUGGCAGCGAAAAAGCGCCGAUCCCAGGAAGAGGUCACCAACUUGCUGAAUGAUGCAGUGGAUGCUCACUUCUCCUCCUUUCAUGGUCUGCCUCUGGGAGUAGAGUACCUAGAGAAACUAAAUCCUGACUUCCUGUUGGAGAUUGCCAGAGAGUAUCUUGCCCUCUGUCCUGCUAAGCCUCCUGCCCAAGGCCAGCCUGCUGCUCCUCAGCUCCAGCACUGUGCCACUGUGUUGGAUACAGUAGUAAAAAUUGUGCCAGGUCUCCUUCAAGCAGUGUUCUUGCUUGCCAAAGUCAAGUAUCAGUCAGGUGACAUUGAUGCUGCUCAGAGUAGUUUACAACACUGCCUGGACCAGUGUCCUUCUCAUGCAGAUGCUCAUCUGCUAAUGGCACAGAUCCAUCUGCUGCAGGGUAAUGUGAUGCUGUGCUCCCAAUCCCUUGAACUCUGCCUCAGCCAUAACUUUGAGAUUCGAGACCACCCACUGUACCACUUGAUCAAGGCUCAGACCAAGAAGAAAACAGGUGAACUUACUGAGGCUAUUCAGACAUUGCAGAUGGCCAUGAGUCUUCCAGGUGUCCGCAGAGCUGGAUCCUCAUCCAAGUCCAGAAACAAGAAGACAGAGCUGAGCUCUGCAGACUGUGUCUCUGUCUUUCUGGAGUUAGCUGAGGCACUGUGGCUCAAUGGAGAACAGCAUGAAGCAGCAAAAGUGAUGCAGGAUGCCAUCAUUGAGUUUUCAGGAACACCCGAGGAGCUGCGUGUCACUAUUGCUAAUGCGGACCUGGCUUUGCUGCGUGGUGAUGCAGAACUGGCACUGAGUAUGCUCAGAAAUAUUACCCCGGAGCAGCCCUAUUACAUCCAAGCCAAUGAGAAAAUGGCAGACAUAUAUCUGAACCAUAGAAAAGAGAAACGGCUGUAUGCAAGCUGUUACAGAGAAAUGGUCGAUAAGCUGCCCAGUUCUCACACAUAUGUCUUACUCGGUGAUGCCUACAUGAAGAUUCAAGAACCAGAGAAAGCCAUUGAGGCUUAUGAGCAGGCUCUGAAGAAAAACCCCAAAGACGGUGCUUUAGCCAGUAAGAUAGGGAAGGCCCUGGUAAAGACUCAUCACUACAUCAAGGCAAUAAAUUACUACGAAGCGGCCCUGAAGACUGAGCAGCAGAACUUCCUGCGCUAUGACCUGGCCGAGCUCCUGAUGAAAUUGAAGCAAUACGAGCGCUGUGAAAGGGUCCUGCAUGAUGCUCUGGCCCACGAACAAGUGAAUGAGCUACCUGUGCUCUCAGAUGACUGCCGUUAUCUGGUCCUGUUGGCCAAAAUACAAAACAAAGUUGAAAAAACUGAGGAAUCUAUACUUUCACUACAGAAAGCUCGGGAUGUGCAGGCCAAGGUGCUGAAACGCGUGCAGUUGGAGCAGCCCGACGCUAUCCCCAUGCAGAAGCAACUUGCUGCUGAGAUCUGUGCUGAGAUCGCCAAACACUACACAAGUCAGAGGGGCUAUGAGAGAGCAGUCAAAUUCUACAAAGAAGCUCUUGUGUAUUGUGAGACAGAUCGCAAGGUGAUGCUGGAGUUGGCACGUUUGUACCUUACUUUAGGCGAGAUUGAUGCAUGCCAGGAGCAAUGCAACGUCAUUUUGAUGAAUGACCAGUUUAAUGAAGAUGCAACUCUGAUGUUGGCAGACAUAAUGUUUAGGAAGGAUGACAAUGAUAAAGCAGUUUCCCAUUUUCAACAACUCCUGGAGCGCACACCAGACAACUACCACGUUCUGUCGCGUCUUAUCGAGUUGAUGAGCAGGGCUGGGAAGUUGGAACACGCCUCGAGAUUUCUUGAUAUGGCAGAAAAACAUUCUUCAAGGUCUCGAUUUGACCCUGGGUUUAACUAUUGCAAAGGACUUUAUCUCUGGUACACAGGACAGCCUAAUGAUGCUCUUCGACACUUUAAUAAGGCACGAAAAGACAAUGAUUGGGGUCAGAACGCUGUAUAUAACAUGAUUGAAAUCUACCUAAACCCUGACAAUGACACAGUUGGAGGAGAAUUAUUUGAGAGUUUAGAUGGUGAAAUUGGGAACUCUACAGAGAAGCAGGAGUCAGAGCAGCUUUCUGUAAGGACGGCUGAGAAGCUGCUGAAGGAGUUAAAGCCUCAGACACAGAGUGGACACGUACAGCUCCGCAUCCUGGAGAACUACUGCCUUCUGGCGACUAAACAGAAGGCCAAUAUAGAGAAAGCCCUCAGUGUUUUCACAGACAUUGCCAACAAUGAGAAAGACCACGUUCCAGCCCUGUUGGCAAUGGCAACAGCUUACAUGAUGCUAAAGCAAACUCCUAGAGCCAGGAACCAGCUCAAACGCGUAGCCAAGAUGAGCUGGAGCAUUGUUGACGCAGACGAGUUUGAGAAAAGCUGGCUACUCCUGGCAGACAUCUACAUCCAUUCAGGGAAGUAUGAGAUGGCUCUGGAACUGAUAAGCAAAUGCCUCCAUCAUAACAAGUCAUGCAGUAAAGCGUAUGAAUAUAGGGGCUACAUAAUGGAAAAAGAGCAGUCAUUCCGUGAUGCAGCAUUCAACUACGAAAUGGCUUGGAAACAUGGAAAUCAAACGAACCCAACUAUUGGGUACAAGCUUGCUUUUAACUACUUAAAAGCAAAAAGAUAUGUUGAUGCCAUAGAUGUCUGCCAUAAGGUUCUAGCUGCUCAUCCAAAUUAUCCAAGAAUAAGAAAGGACAUCCUGGACAAAGCUCGAGCUUCCCUGAGAUCAUAGUGUUGGACCUGUAUUUGUGUGAUAGAGAAAUAUUUUCUGUAACUUUUGAUUGAAUCCACAUUUAUUGUUCCAUCCAUCCAUCCAUUCGCUUCCGCUUAUCCUGUUCAGGGUCGCGGGGGGGCUGGAGCCUAUCCCAGCUGUCAUAGGGCGAGAGGCAGGGUACACCCUGAACAGGUCGCCA